AGCCAUUAAUUCUAACUGGGAGUCUACUCUUAUCUGUGUAGAGCCACUUGACCUCCUUUAAUAAAUUCAAAUCGAGCAGCAGCAGCAGCCUACACCGACCAAGAGCAAAGCAAGCAACAAUGUCUUCUUCAUCACCAAUCUCCAUCUUCUUCCUUCUCAUCUUCCUCCUCUUCUUCCUGGCUCAAGCCAUCGUUCCUCCUUCCAAAACAUUCAAGUUCGUCAAUGAAGGCGAAUUCGGUCAACACUACGUAGAAUAUUAUGCAGACUAUCGUCUCUUACCGCUCGCCGCACCCUCGCCCUUCGCUCUCUGCUUCUACACCAGCGUUCCUCACAAGUAUACCCUAGCGAUGAGAAUGGGUGUGAAUACAGAAGGCGAGCCCAUGCGCUGGGUCUGGGAAGCAAACCGUGGCAACCCAGUUGGCGAGGGUGCCACUCUCACAUUUGGCGCCGACGGCAAUCUCGUCCUGGCCGACGCUGAUGGUCGGAUUGCUUGGCAGACUGGUACUGCCAACAAGGGCGUGGUUGACCUCCAAGUGCUUCCCAACGGCAACUUGGUCUUACUUGACAGACGACGUAGAUUUGUGUGGCAGAGCUUCGACCACCCCACCGACACUCUCUUCAUCGGCCAGCUACUGCGCCCUGGCGGACCCAAUAAGCUGGUUAGCCGUGCGUCUAUUGAAGAUAACUCAGAAGGGCCUUACAGUUUAGUCUUGGAGGAGAAGAGAUUGGCUCUGUACUUGAAGAGCAACAAUUCGGCCAACCCAAUUCUCUAUUAUACCUCUGAAGAUUUGGGAGUUCAAGAUGGGUCUCUGACGAAGGUAGCCUUUACUAGUUCUCCCACAUUUAAGGUGAGAGAGUAUGAGCUAAGAUUGGAUAUUGAUGUCGAUAACUCCACUGUUCAUGUGAUGAAUACCAUCUUGGCAACACCCAAAUACAAUAGCACCUUGUCGAUACUUCGAUUGGAGUGGGACGGCAACCUCAGGGUUCACACUUAUUAUGAUCUUUCCAGAUUUCAUGCGUGGGAGUUAUCUCUCGCCCUCUUCGACAGAAACGUGGACAUCUUCGACAACACUAGGCGAGAGAGCGAGUGCCACUGGCCUAGCAAAUGUGGGUCGUUAGGAGUUUGUGAGGACGACCAGUGCGUGGCUUGCCCUAGGACGCAGGGGUUGAUAGGUUGGAGCAAGAGUUGUGCACCGCCAGCUCUCCCGCCGUGCAAGGCCGGAGCCAAGGUGGAUUACUACAAAGUGGAGGGGGUUGAACACUGGAUGAACAAGUAUUACGAGGGAGAUGGACCCACGAAGCUGGCUGACUGCAAGGAUAAGUGUAGCAAGGACUGUGGUUGCUUGGGCUUCUUUUAUAAGGAGGAAUCCUCUACAUGCUUGGUGGUUCCUGAACUUGGCACUCUAGCUAAGGUCUCAAAUCCCUCUCAUGUGGGUUAUAUCAAGAUAUCUAACUAGAUAGAUGAUGGAUUUUGUGUAUCUGUAUGUAAAAGAAAUAAAUGCCUUAAGGUUUGUGACAUGAUUAUGCAUGUGAUGCAAUGGGUUUUGGGUUUUCUCU